GACAGUGACGAAGAUGACGGAUUCCCUGCUGUACCUGACAGCUUCGCAAAAUCUGGUUAUUCUGGGAAAUCUCCAUCCUCAUGCCAGUCCAGGAGGAGUAGCACAGGUUCCAACCAGCGUAGCUGCUCUCCCACACCGUCUUACAGUAAAGAGAUACCUUGUGCCUCUUCACAAGAUGCACGUCGCCCUGGGUCUGCUUUAACUGGUUCUUGCCUCGACACCACUACGCGAUUCCAGGAAUCGUGCACCCAACCUGCCAGGGGGAGCCAGCCAAUUCUACCAAGCUUGCUGGACACCACUAUUUUCAACGAGCCAGAUGAUUCAGCAUCCCAAGCAUCGGAAAUUCACAUGGAAGUUGGGAAUGAUUCUAAUUUUCGUGCCAGGGGAAUGAGCGCACCGACAGGAAAUUCAUCACUUGAGCAGCCACUGCCAGAGUAUGAAUUCCAGCGGCAGGUUUUGAAAAGCCUGAAUAUUCUCCGCAUGAAUCUACAGCAGCAAGGAGACUUGAUCUCAAGCCUUGUCCCACUCCAGGCCUCGUCACCAGCUGCACCUCUAGUUGUGACUGAGCCAUUUCAUUCUGUAGAGCUGCUGGAAAGCUUUCAACACCACUUAACAAAUCAGAAGGAGGAGCAGUUGGUGCUGUUCAUGCUAACAAGACUUUGGCCAAUGCAACAAAUUUUGAAGUUGAGUCAGAAAUUAAAGGGUGGCUACGACAUGCAAAGGACAGGAGACUGAGGCAGAAGACCAGCGGCUGAUGACCCACAGCUUACAUGGCCAGAGAAAGUCCACAUCACGCCAUGAGGUCAAAGGGCAACGAGUAGUGGAACGCCUUCUUUCAUCAUCAGUGCAACCUUCCGCACAGUUAUGGGGAGGAUUGGAACUUUUGUGACUACUGUGAUAUAACUACCGUGUACCUGUCAUG